GGCGGCAAGACGAGGUUUGAAUAGUUAGAGUGAAGCACUGCGGGAGAGCUUCAAUUAGGUGAUAUUUAGCCACUGUAGCAUCCUUGUAUUGCAUUGUGUGGUGGUCGGGUGCCAAGAUUAAAGGUGCUGGGGUGUGUUUUAACAUUUACCUCUCAAAUCGUCCUGGAGAGCAAUGAAAUAACUGAUCCUGGGUGUCUUGUUACUUGCGGCUCCCGUUGUUCUGUACGUGGAGAUCAGGAAGGUAUGUUGGAUGACACAGCUGUUGAGAAUAAGGGUGAGGUGGUGUAUGUGGCAGACCCAAAACUACUGAGCUGGUGUGAUGCAGUUCCAGUCUUCAGGCAGCGGGCGUGCCUCACCCAUGCCCUCAUUGCUUCCUAUGGACUCCUUCACAAGAUGCGGGUUGUACCCUCAGAGGCAGCCAGUGAAGAGGACAUCAGGAAGUUUCAUUCCCAGGAAUAUGUAGAAUUCCUUCAGAGAGGCGUUCCAGAGGAAGAAGACGAGGGAGCACAGGAUGAGUUUGGAUUAGGGUUUGAUUGUCCCAUUCUGGAUAAUCUGUGGGGUCUAGUGUGUGGCCUUGCAGGGGGCUCGCUCACUGCUGCCCGAGAGCUGACCUCUGGCAGGACCAAGAUUGCCCUCAACUGGUGUGGUGGUUGGCACCAUGCCCAGAGAGACAUGGCUUCAGGAUUCUGCUAUGUGAAUGACAUAGUGCUUGCAGUAUUACACCUGCGAUCUGCCUUUCCCAAGGUGCUGUACAUUGAUCUGGAUGUUCACCAUGGGGAUGGUGUUGAGAAUGCCUACCUCUUCAGCCCCAAAGUGGUAACACUUUCACUUCACCGGAGAGAACCAGGAUUUUUUCCUGCCACUGGUGCUGUGGAGGACAAAGGUCUUGGUAAAGGAAAACUCUUUACUUUCAAUGUUCCAUAUAAGGAAGGCAUUAAUGACAAGCAGUUUGUUUACUUGUUUGAAAGCAUUCUUUACCCACUGUGUGAAGUGUUCAUACCUGAUGCUGUAGUGUGUCAGUGUGGUGCUGACGCCCUCAGCCAAGACCCUCUGGGAGGUGGUAAUCUCACCCUGAAGGCUUACACCACUUGUGUCACUCAUGUGGCAAACCUCUCCAAGCCUACACUCUUCCUGGGUGGAGGUGGGUACAACAAAAGCAAUGCUGCCAAGCUGUGGACAGCCAUCACCUCCACUGUUCUCAAGUGUCCUGUGUCUGCUGAGAUCCCAGAGCACCAGUUCUUCUCUUGGUAUGGACCUGACUUUGAAUUGGAAGUGACUGCAGGGCUUCGGAAGAGUUCUAAUACACAGGAGAGUUUGGAUCAGACCAUAAAGGCAGUGCAUGGCAAUAUUGAAAAACUAGCAGAAGUAUUGGGACAGAAAUAAUAGAUUACAAAAUAUGUACACUGCAAACAUCUAUCUAUAUACCAAGGUGAGAUCUCCUUUAAAGGGGAUAGCCAAGACAAGACAUCACACCCUCCAAUGUAGGAAUAAUGAUACAGAGAAAGGGUAUCCCUAGUCCCCACUCUCCGUCCCUUUCAGUUACCCUCUGCAGUGUGGAUGGAAUACCAUAGUAGUAUUUUCUUAACCUGAUCAUACAGGGUGUGGCCAAGCCAUGCCUUCUCCUGUGAUGGAUGAAUUGUAUGCAUGACAUCUUACAUCAUUUAGUUUGUAUAAUUUUAUUUACAUAUUUUUCAUAAAAAAUCAUAAAAUACAUGUUCCAAUAAGGCAUAAUACAUACUUAGUGAAAGGAAGAUCUCUACCAAAUUGGAGGGCCAUUUUAUGAUAGUUGUCACAGGGACAAGAAAUAAGUGGAAGAACUGAAGUGUGCAAGGAAGAAAGAUAUAUACAGGAAUAAGUGAAGCCUCUUCUGGCUCAUUAGUUUCAAGGAACUACCACUACAAUAGAGAGAAGGGCAGAGUGAACAAGCAUAAUGGUAGAUGGAUAGACAGAAUAGUCAGAGAUAAGUGUUCCACAUUUGCUGGGCAACACGAUGAAUGAUUGUGUGUCUUGCUGAGAGUCUCAUUAUCUCGUCAUAGCCGCCCCCUAUUACUGUGGUGACUGGGAUGCCUCUGCACACUGCUUCUCUCAGGACAAAAAUGUCACGUAGGUAAAGCCCUGCAGAUUAACACAACAAAUUACUCAGUUACCAGGCUACUUUAUGUAAUUUAUGAGGAAUUACAUUGUUAUGAAUGUACAAGAAUAAAUCCAUUAAAUUUGUCUUACUUCAUUUGCAAAAUUCAUAUCAGACUGGAAAAAUCUGAAUCUUAUAAUGUAUCAAAAAAGAUAAAGUUCAUUAAAAUAA